AUGAAUAUAAAGGCAGAAGAGGAGCUUGAAGACAACAGCAAGGAAGAGGCAGAAAAAGAAGGCUUAACAAUGGCAGAGUUAGAUAUAACAAGUGCCAUUGAGCUUGAAGUCUACUCAUACCCCAACACCAUUUACCCUAACACUCCUCCACUGCACCCUCACCACCGGGCACCACCACCACCACCUAGGUGCCACCACCGCACACCGCCGCAGCUGCCUCCAAAACAUAGGCCUCAUAAGGCUCCACCACCGCCGCCGCCACCCCCGGCCGCAUUCUACUUCUUCUCGCCGCCACCUCCCAGUCCACCACAACCACAUUAUCAUUAUCCUAAAACACCAAGAUCGCCACCAUCACCGCAACCACAAAGGUAUCGGCUAUUUUGA